GCGGGAUGGCGGCCUCGGCCCUGUACGCCUGCACCAAGUGCACGCAGCGCUUCCCCUUCGAGGAGCUCUCCCAGGGCCAGCAGCUCUGCAAGGAGUGCCGGAUCGCGCACCCCAUCGUGAAGUGCACCUACUGCCGCUCGGAGUUCCAGCAGGAGAGCAAAACGAACACAAUUUGUAAGAAGUGCGCUCAAAACGUGAAACAGUUUGGCACGCCUAAGCCUUGUCAGUACUGUAACAUCAUCGCAGCGUUUAUUGGUACAAAAUGUCAGCGUUGUACAAAUUCAGAAAAAAAAUACGGACCGCCUCAGGCCUGUGAGCAGUGCAAACAGCAGUGUGCUUUCGACCGGAAGGAAGAAGGGAGAAGGAAGGUCGAUGGGAAGUUGCUGUGCUGGCUCUGUACUCUGUCCUACAAGAGGGUCUUGCAGAAGACGAAAGAGCAGAGGAAGAGCCUGGGGUCUUCACAUUCGAACUCCUCCUCCUCCUCCCUCACGGAGAAGGACCAGCCCCACGCCAAGCACCACCACCACCACCACCGCCACCGCCACGGCGGCAGCCAUCACAAAAUCAGCAACCUGAGUCCAGAGCAAGAGCAGGGACUGUGGAAACAGAGCCAUAAAUCCUCUGCAGCAAUUCAGAAUGAAACUCCAAAGAAAAAACCCAAAUUGGAAUCCAAGCCAUCUAAUGGGGACAGUAGCUCUAUAAAUCAGUCAGCAGAUAGUGGGGGAACAGACAAUUUUGUCCUGAUCAGUCAACUGAAAGAAGAAGUGAUGUCACUUAAGCGUCUCUUACAGCAGAGAGACCAGACCAUUUUAGAAAAGGACAAGAAGCUCACUGAACUGAAGGCUGACUUUCAGUACCAGGAGUCGAACUUGAGAACCAAGAUGAACAGCAUGGAGAAGGCUCACAAGGAAACCGUGGAACAACUUCAGGCCAAAAACAGAGAACUCCUCAAACAGGUCGCGGCCUUGUCAAAGGGUAAAAAGUUUGACAAGAGCGGAAGCAUGCUCACGUCCCCCUGAGAGCGGCUGCUCGCAGCCUUCCUGCUGGAAACGCAAAUCUGAAACCAAUUCUGUGAAGCCCUUAAAUUCUGUGUAGUGGGAACUAUUUUUGCACACCAGAUGAAUUGGCCCGUUUCCUAUUCACUUUUGUAACCGAUAUGCAGCGUUUUUUAAGUUGUAAAACAUUCAAAUAAAACUUCAACUGGUUUGAAGUAACUUUUUAAUUAUUUGCUACCCAGGAACUUUCUUGCCAGCAAUAGUCUCCCCCUAGGGAGGGCGGGGCCGGCUCCCCCGCCUGUGCAGAGCCGCGGCGUGGCGGACACUGGCUUGCGCGAUUGUUUCACUUCGCCUCAACUUCGGAGAGAAUCAUGGUGCUUUUACUAAACGAACUCCAGAGUCUGUGUACAUAUGUUUUUAAAAGUUAAUCAGUAACACGAGUCAGCUAGCAUCUUCAUCGUGGGUACAGGAGUUAAUGUGGAUUGUACAGUAUCCAAGGUCAAAUGUGUUUGGUUUUGUAAAAACUGUAGAUUUUUACUUACAAGUGCCUUUUUGCCACCUAAUGUUUUUAUUUAUAGGAAUGCUGAUCUUUUGUACAUAGUUUGUUUUAAAAUCAUGUUUAAUAAAUGUUUGUAUAUAAGCGCGUAUGUACAGAAGCCUAUUUCCAAGGGAAGCCGGAGUUCCUCGGACAGUGCUGGAGGCGGCCUCGAGAGCUGCUCACGCGUGUAGGCCUUGGAGGAUUUUGUGGGUUGUUUCUGUGGGAGGCAGGAAGCUCUGGGUCAGAGAAUUCAACAAUCACGUCAGGAUACUUCCCCAAAGAUUUCAUUUUAAAUCUCUUCAGACAGAGUAACGUUACCUUUCACGUCCAUGGCUUCAUGUUGGCUGUUGGUGGGCUACAUGUUCUGCUUUAUUUUUCUUUUAUAAAUAUUUUUGAAAAUACUAAUUUUCUGCCGUGGUCCAUGUAUCUGCGGUCCCCGUAAUAGGUGGUUCUCUAAGUUAAUAUUUAUGUGCGCCGCCCUUCAUGUGUAAGUUUAAAGCAAAUCUGGAAAAAUUAAAUAACUUGUAAAUCAUUCUGUGAUGAUCUUGAAUAAUUUGGAAUCUACUGUAAGAUUCAGGUUUACUAUUUAUAAGAAAACUAGCGGGGCCUGUAAAGUUGCCUGGAGGAAGUCAAGGGAGGGUGGGGCGGGUCACCUGAAGUUACCGCCUGGUGGUCUCCUCCGAGCCCGUGGUGUCGGCGGGUCCAGAGGUUGGUCUUGCCAACGUGCCGGUUCCGACCUGCCCGCAGCGUGAGCGCCGGCUGCACCGCUGACGCCGAGAGCCCUGCCCCUGGGCACUCGAGGGCAGGGGCAUCUGUCUCAAGUCGCCAGCGCUGACUGGAUCAGCUUCAGAGAUUUCGUUUCAGACGAGCUCGGCUGUGACCGCCCCGUCGGAGGUCGCCUCGCUGCAGCCGGCCGGUCGCCCGCGCCCCACGAAGUGCCCCCGGAGCAUUACCCGGUCAGGGCAGUGUCCGGGCGGCAGCAGAGUUGGGACCCGUCGAGGCUGAGAACCGUUAAACCCACUUAUUUUUAUGAGAUUUUCACGCAAUAAUCUCCCAGCGUUGGUGGGGCCAUGGCGGCGUGCGCAGCGUGUGGUAACCGUGGAAGCUCGUCCAUGCCUUUCUUUACAGUUUGUCACGUUUGCCGUCCUGGCUCUGCAGCCAUCCGCGAGUCGCACAGCCGCUCCGCUUUGGAAGCCAGCUGCGUCAUGGUUCCUCAGCUUCGCCAGGCUGCUCAGCCGGCCGCUCCCGUGCCUGGGGCGGCGUUGACAACGGAACGUCGGGCUGAGCAAUGGAGCUUCGUAAGUUUCAAGGUUAAAACCUCCUGGGGGCGCCGCAGCAUGUAGCCCCCAUCGAGCGCCCACUUUGUGUCUCGGCCUCGCGUUACAACUGGAAGUUUCUGCAGCUGUGGAACCAGUGACCGUGCCCGCCGGGCCGUGGCGAGCUGGCAGCGGCUCCGGCUG